ACAAAGGCACAUUGCACGGACCGACAGUGCUCCGCCAGCAACUUCUCCGCGUCCACUGCAGCGCAGGAUGUACAGAGCCGCACAGCUGGAGGCAUAGAGGAGCCUGCAGAAUCUUGUGCUGGUAUCGUGGAUUCUACUUUAUUAAACAUUUUCAUAUUUUGGAAAGCUUGCCAACAAGAACUACAACACUGUCAUCCUUUACUUACAUCGAAAACGCCCGCAGCCCGGCUGAAGCCAUGCCCUGUGUUCAGGCUCAGUAUGGGUCAUCGCCACAAGGAGCCAGCCCAGCUUCCCAGAGCUACAGUUACCACUCUUCAGGAGAAUACAGCUCCGAUUUCUUAACGCCAGAGUUUGUGAAGUUUAGCAUGGACCUGACCAACACUGAAAUCACUGCCACCACUUCUCUCCCCAGCUUCAGUACCUUUAUGGACAACUACAACUCCACCUACGACGUCAAGCCACCUUGCUUGUACCAAAUGCCAAUCUCUGGCCAACAGUCUUCAAUAAAAGUUGAAGAUAUUCAGAUGCACAGCUACCAACAGCACAGCCACCUACCACCCCAGUCCGAGGAGAUGAUGCCACAUGCGGGCACAGUCUACUACAAAUCCUCUUCACCCCCAACUUCUGGCACCCCAGGGUUCCCUGUCCAGCAUAGUUCCAUGUGGGAUGACCCUGGCUCCCUCCACAGCUUCCAUCAAAACUAUGUGGCCACCACCCACAUGAUUGACCAGAGGAAAGGUCCUGUCUCCAGACUCUCCUUGUUCUCUUUCAAGCAGUCCCCACCUGGGACCCCCGUGUCUAGUUGUCAAAUGAGGUUUGAUGGUCACCAUGUAUCUAUGAACCCCGAAACUUCUGGAGCCCAUCAUGUGGUGGACGGGCAGACUUUUGCUGUUCCCAACCCCAUCAGAAAACAGGCGGCCAUGGGCUUCCCUGGACUCCAACUUGGACAUGCGUCCCAACUCAUGGACAGUCAAGUCCCAUCCCCCCCAUCCAGAGGGUCCCCAUCCAACGAGGGUCUGUGUGCUGUCUGUGGGGACAAUGCUGCCUGCCAACACUAUGGAGUCCGGACCUGUGAAGGGUGCAAAGGGUUCUUCAAGCGCACUGUACAGAAAAAUGCCAAAUAUGUUUGUUUAGCAAAUAAAAAUUGUCCGGUUGACAAACGACGCAGGAAUCGGUGUCAGUACUGUCGCUUCCAGAAGUGCCUUGUAGUUGGGAUGGUGAAAGAAGUGGUCCGCACAGACAGUCUGAAAGGUCGGAGGGGUCGCUUACCAUCCAAACCCAAGAGCCCCCAGGAGCCGUCGCCCCCCAGCCCCCCGGUGAGUUUGAUCAGUGCCCUAGUGAGAGCCCACGUCGAUUCCAACCCGGCUAUGAGCAGCCUGGACUAUUCCAGGUUUCAAGCCAACCCAGAGUUCCAAUUGAAUGGAGACGACACCCAACACAUCCAACAAUUCUACGAUCUGCUGACUGGAUCGAUGGAGAUCAUCAGAGGUUGGGCCGAGAAGAUCCCCGGGUUCUCUGAGCUGCACAAACAGGACCAAGAUCUCCUCUUCGAAUCCGCUUUCCUAGAACUCUUUGUCUUAAGAUUAGCCUACAGGUCUAACCCAUCUGAGGGUAAACUCAUCUUCUGCAAUGGGGCAGUUCUCCAUAGGUUGCAAUGUGUUCGUGGCUUUGGGGAAUGGAUUGAUUCCAUCGUGGAUUUCUCCUCCAACCUGCAGAGUAUGAACAUUGACAUUUCAGCCUUUUCCUGUAUUGCAGCGUUGGCCAUGGUGACAGAGAGACAUGGCUUGAAGGAACCAAAAAGAGUAGAAGAACUUCAGAACAAGAUUGUAAACUGCUUAAAGGACCAUGUGACAUUUAACAAUGGAGGGCUAAAUCGACCCAACUACCUGUCCAAACUUUUGGGGAAACUACCAGAACUCAGAACCCUUUGUACACAGGGGCUCCAGCGCAUCUUCUAUUUAAAACUGGAGGACUUGGUGCCCCCACCAGCUAUCAUUGACAAGCUCUUUUUGGACACAUUACCUUUUUAAAAUCAAGACAUUUCAAUGGACUCUAUUGAUUUCCAGACCAAGAGGACUCUACCUGUGAACUCAAACCAUAUGCACUUGCUGUGCCAGUUGCCAACAGUGACUAGUGGGGGCAUGCCAUGCCAAUCACAGAGGAUGGGGGCGCUUCAGGAUGGAAGGACAAAGCAAUUCUUCAUUAGAAGAACGAUUAUGAUUCAAAAAAAAUAAAAUAAAAUAAAACAUCUCUAGGAAUGACCUCAGUCAAUAGUAUUAAGGUGACCAAGCCCACCCCCCCCCCCCACCCACCACCCCCUUCCUUAAAGAGACUCUGUUGUAUAAGAAAGCUGUAAUAUAUUGUGACAUACAUGUUCAGUGGAUGGCAUGAAGGAUUCAAACAAAUCAUAAGAAUAAUAAUAAUAAGGCUUGUACAUGUAUAAGAUACAGUUUAGCUAUUUUUAAUCAUUUUGUGCCUAUUUAUGACAAUUUGUGUUUGCAUAAAAAAAUACAUAUGAGAAAUUUAAAAAAAAAACAACUAUUGCAUACAAAGGUAAAAAAAAAAAAAAAAAUGAAAAAAAAAAAGAGGAAGCAUGUUUAUACAGUGCUAGAUCUGGAAACACAAGGAACCUAUAGGCAAUUGCUCAGCCAGUAAUGUCUAUAUUAUAUAAAUAGUAUUCAGACACUAUGUAGUCUGCUAGAUUUUAUAAAGACUGUAGCUCUGAGUAGGCACAUUCAUUAUCCCUCCACCCUAAUGAUGAUGAUGACAGAGGACACCAUGUGUGUACACAUUCCUUAUUUGUAUGUGUUGUAUGUACUGUUGUUGUUAAUACACCAUUUCUACAGUCUCUUACUUCUCCUUUCUUCAGUUGCUUCUUACAUUGCACUUGCAUGCAGCAGCAGCAGCAGCUUCUUCUUCUUCUUCCAGGGACACCAGUGCAGAGCCCCAUUGGAUACAACUGAUGACAAGCACUUUGGAUUAUUAUUUUUUUUAUUAUGAUUGUCUCAGAAAUUGUCAGUUAAUAUAUUAUUAUUAUUAUUUCAUUGUUUGAAAAGUAAAAAAUUUGUAAUACUGA